GUCGUAAAGAAUCCUUAAUUAACGUCAAUCAUGGAUUUUGUUGAAAUUUUGACACGUUUAUCUCAAAAUUUUCUGUUGUACUCUGUAAUCGUUUACAUUUUAAAUUUAUGUGGAAAUUACUUCAAAAAUCGUGUUAAAUUUCGUAACCAUAAAUAAAUUCUUGUGCACACAGCGUUAAAAUGGCAGAUAAAGAAACGUUCUUCAGCAUGACCCGGAAAGACUACAAAUGGCCUUUCUCAAAACCACUGGCCGCAAAACCAACUCAACCGCCCGAAAAGACCAAAGGAAAAAAUUUCUUCAUCAAAGGACCAGUGGACGCCUAUUGCCACUGCGAUGGUCACCUUUACGAUCCCUUAACGAAUAGGUACCUGAAACUCGCCGAGAAGGAAGGACUCCUCCUCGACGAGCUUACUACUCUUCACAGUGACAUGGCCAAUUUGAAUGGCGAAAUUUUGGAACACGAGUGCGACAGUUACAAUGAGAAAAUGGAGACGACUUAUCGAAUCGAUUUUGCGAAACGAGGCAUGACACCAGCAGAAUACGUAAAACUGAUGCCUGCGGUGGACUCACCCGCGGGAGUUCCAGUAAAAAAUCCCACGAUUGGUGUCGGAAAAGGUUAUCGCGACCCAACGAGAUUCAGAUAUUCGCCCUUUCCACGUCCUACGAUUGACUCGUGCCCGCCACUGACAUUUGGAACCACUCCCACAACGGUGGCGACUUGGUUUGGUGUAGAGGGGGCAAGAACCGAGUAUCAGGAUGCCAUAAGUAAAACCGGUCUGGGGAUAAUGAAGAAUCGCCAACAGUAUAAAGAACCGCUGCCAUCCAGCCGACGUCGAUAUGCUGAAACCAAUCUGUAGUUCGAUUUUAAUAAAGAUCCUUGGCCAGCAACACCCAUUUUUGUAAAUUGAUUUAAGAAUGCCCUGAUUUAUUCGUUCAUUUUCAAAAUUUGAAGUAGUACACCAUUCGUUUGGCUUAAAAGAAAAAUUCAAGUUAUGGCUCAAGCAUUUACAACCACCUACCAAAAAUAUUACCGACAACACCCAAUUGAAAGGCGAAAGUCGCUACGCCCCGUGGACAGGUUUGCUUCGGAAUUACCAGAAGGGGGUAACUGGAUUGUUCAUAAGAAAGUUGGAGAGGAUGAUGAGGGAGGAGUUGGGCUUAAAGCCGCCUUGGCGGCCAUACAUAAAAUGAACAGAGGAAGAUUAUGGACCACGUACCAAAUGGAUUACUGUGGAGACAUGAUCGCCAAAGAGGGAGAGGAUGAGGAGCAAAAACCGACUGGUAAUGCGAUCUUAAUCCAUGGUAAUAAAAUUUACGGUCCAAAAACCCAACAAAUUCCUCCACCACUU